CUGAGUUCGCCAGUGCUUCGUCGCAUAAACAAUUUGGCUUGAUGUGUGAAAUCGUCUUGGAAAGAUUAAUUGUCAACGAAAUUUUUCAGUGAGAAAGAUGGAAUCCAGCGAUACACGCGAUUGUGCCGUCAGAGUCAAAAUGGAACCUAUCGAUGCCUUGUUCAUGGAAAAUGAUCGUGAGAUGAUGGAAGAGAAAUCCGAUCUUGAAAACUUACAAUUCUUAACAUUUCUGCCAGAAAAUUCAACUGGUACCCUUCAAAAAUGUGAAAAAAACCCUGGAAGCAUCGACGAACUGGAAUUAGUCGUUGAAUGCGAAGACGUCAAGCCCAACGUUAAUUUAUUAACAAUUAAAAAAGUCGACAAUGAUUCGCCAAAUGCAAAAGACGACGGUGGUUAUAAAGCUAAAAUUAAAAUAGAAACCCUGAGGCAAGUGAAACAAGAAUUUUUUGAUGAUGUCGGAGAAGAAUCGAAUGUGAAUAUCGACCGUGAACUUUUUGAACAAAAUAAAAACAGGGAAAUUCCAAAAAGGCUAAGCAAAGAACAUAACCUCAAAAAGUAUACGACUCAAAAGAUGCACAAUAAAACCCAAGUAUGUAAAAUAUGCGGAAAGAAAUUUGAUACUAAGGGUAGUCUGAAUAGGCAUUCCGAAUCAUCACAUCAUAUUAUUACUUACUCGUGUGACAUAUGUAGCAAGACAUUCAAACAGAAGAGUAGCCUCGAGACCGACAUCGAUGCGAUGCACAAUGGUGUCGCCAAUACAUGUGAUAAAUGUGGCAAAUCAUUUUCACUUAAGGUGGUUCUUUCAGUUUAA